GAAACCAUCAACCUGGCAGGACUGGUCACCGAGUGCCAACGACUUUCGAAUCUUAAACACGACACGGCGUUGGUCGAGAAGAAACCGACAUCUUCAGCGGUCCAGGCAGUUCGGCAGUCAAAGAAGCAGCCGAACAACCAGAUGAAGUCAUCAGCAGACAUCAAGACACCUCCAUCACCAUGUUGGCAAUGCGGCGCAAUGCACUUUGUGAAGGACUGCAAAUUUUCGAAGCACACCUGCAAACAGUGCGGGAAAGUGGGCCACAAAGACGGCUACUGUGGUUGUUUUUCCAAGUCAUCAACUACGGAGUCGAAAGCUGGUUCCAAGAAGAAGAAGCCUUUCAACACGAAGGUUAUUCAAAUCGUGAAGCAGGUCCGUAGCCGUAGAAGGUUCAUCACCGUCAAUUUCAACGGAAAAUCGGCCGAGCUCCAAUUGGAUUGUGGUUCCGACAUCACCGUUAUCAGCACACACACGUGGAAAAUGAUUGGCUCACCGUCAUCAACGGUGACUAGCGUAGAAGCAUCAACGGCAUCAAGGGAACCACUCGAAUUGGUUGGCGAAUUCACCUGCCCGGUUACUAUCGGGAAAACUACGAAGGCAUCGGUCUGCUACAUCACAUCAGUUGAAGAUCUGAACGUCAUCGGACUGGACUGGUUGGACGCGUUUGACUUAUGGUCGAAGCCGCUUGCUGCCAACUGCAAACAGGUGAAUCUUUCCAAUUUUUCACUUUCCUCUGAUCAGCACUUCCUUAAGCAAUAUCCUGAAGUUUUUCAAGAUGGUUUGGGCUACUGCAUGAAGACGAAAAUUUCACUGUCUCUGAAGCCGGAUGCCCAACCCGUUUUCCGACCAAAGCGACCGGUGCCUUUUCAUGCCAUCCAAAAGGUAGAAGAGGAGCUGGAUCGACUCGAGCGGUUGGACAUCAUCUCGCCGGUCGAUUUUUCGGACUGGGCAGCACCCAUCGUCGUUGUCAAGAAACCGGGGGGAAAAGUGCGUGUAUGUGCCGAUUACUCGACUGGGCUCAAUGCAGCACUGGAGACCAACAACCACCCUCUUCCUACCCCGGAGGAGAUCUUCAGCAAGCUAUCCGGCAGUCAAGUCUUCAGCAUCAUCGACCUGUCGGAUGCCUACCUUCAGGUGGAGGUCGAUGACGAAUCCAAGAAGCUGUUGACGAUUAACACCCACCGUGGGUUAUUCCGUUUCAACCGAUUGGCUCCAGGGGUCAAGUCAGCACCCGGUGCAUUCCAGCAGCUAAUGGCGAAAAUGGUUUCGGGUCUACGUGGUGUGGAAGUUUUCCUCGACGAUAUUCUGGUGCACAGCAAGACUCUCGUGGAUCAUAACCGAAUCAUCCACAUGCUUUUCAACCGUCUUCGUGACUAUGGAUUCCGUCUACGUGUGGAGAAGUGCCGAUUCCACCAGGAUCAAAUCAAGUACCUUGGACAUAUCGUUUCUGCUAAAGGUAUCCAACCCGAUCCAGCCAAGAUUGCAGCCAUUUCGGAAAUGCCCGCACCAACCGACGUUCCCACCUUGCGCUCGUUCUUAGGUGCAGUCAACUUUUACGGCAAAUUCGUCCGCGAGAUGCACCAACUACGCCAUCCGUUAGACAACCUUCUGAAAAAGGACACGAAGUUCGAUUGGAGUAAGGAGUGUCAGCACGCUUUCCAAAACAUCAAAAAAGUGCUACAAUCUGGUCUGUUGCUCACCCACUACAAUCCAGAGCAAGAGAUUAUCGUGGCAGGAGAUGCGUCAAAAACUGGCAUUGGUGCAGUUAUUCUUCAUCGUUUUCCGAACGGCAUCAUCAAGGCUGUGUCACAUGCAUCGAGAUCGCUGACUGUAGCAGAGCAGAACUAUAGCCAAAUCGAAAAAGAAGCGUUGGCAUUGGUUUUUGCUUGCACGAAGUUCCAUCGUUUGCUGUGGGGUCGCCGGUUCACGCUUCAAACGGACCAUCAACCAUUGCUGAGAAUUUUCGGAUCCAAAAAGGGCAUUCCUGUACAUACCGCAAAUCGGCUCCAACGAUGGGCCCUGACACUUUUGGGAUACGAUUUCAACAUCGAAUACGUAUCAACUCAAGAUUUCGGUUACGCUGACGUACUUUCCCGGCUUAUCAGCAACCAUCCGAAACGGAAGUGGAAGUAG